UCAAUCUCGUAAUGCAGACUUUUCAAGCGGCAGGGAUCCGUCCAAGGGGCAUAGCAUUUGAAGAGUUACCAUUGGAACAUUUCACUCAUAUUUUCUGGAGUUACAAUUGUUGUUGUUUUAGUAGUUUUUCUUGGUAGAAACAUACGUCUCGAGCGGAUAAGCUACAUCCUCCAUAUAAUUCUCUUCUGGUCACGCGCGGGUGCAAACAAGAAGAUAGCCUACAGUAUACAUAUUCAGUCCAAAUUAACAGGUGACUGCUCCAAAUAGUGUUUGUCAGGUUUAUUGUCGCUUCUCAUCCGAUUCUGUGACAUAUGACGAUUCUGCUUAGGAUAGUCCUACAAACAGUGGCGCCUGUCUUAACAUUGGGACGACUUUUUUAAAAUAUUUUUUUUUUAAGUUAGCGAUCUGGGAAAACGCAUUGUUUGUGUAUGUGUGUGCAAGUAGCCUCAGCAAAUAUUGUGGCAUUUAGCUAGUAUUUGAAGCGAAGGAAAGUCUGACAGUACAUUGUUAUGGAUAUUGCAACAGGUCCGGAGUCACUGGAACGCUGUUUCUUGAAGAGAAACCAAUCCAAGUACCCAAGGAUGUUAGACGGUAUAAAGACUGAAGAUCAUCCCCAUCGUCAAGCUACCCUUGGAGUCGUGCUUGGGACGGAAUGCCAUCACCAAUCUGUAUGUGAAGGAUGCCAGCGUCCAAUAUCUGACAGGUUUCUGAUGAGAGUCAACGAUUCCUCAUGGCAUGAGGAGUGUUUGCAGUGCGCUGUGUGUCAACAACCUCUAACUACCAGUUGUUACUUCCGAGAUAGGAAACUGUACUGCAAACAUGACUACCAACAAUUGUUUGCCACCAAGUGCAGUGGAUGCCUGGAGAAGAUCGCCCCCACAGAGUUUGUGAUGCGUGCUCUGGAGUGUGUAUACCACCUCAACUGCUUCUCCUGCUGUGUGUGUGACCGGCAGCUGAGGAAAGGGGAUGAGUUUGUCCUGAAGGAGGGCCAGCUGCUGUGUAAGAGUGACUAUGAGAAGGAGAAGGACCUGCUCAGUUCUGUCAGCCCAGACGAUUCUGACUCAGAGAAAAGUGACGAUGACGAUGUGGAUAUCAAGCAGGAGAAAGGCACGGGAGGCCAGGGGAAGGGAGAUGAUGGGAAAGACCCCAGGAGGCCCAAGAGGCCACGCACCAUUCUGACCACUCAGCAGAGACGAGCUUUCAAAGCCUCCUUCGAGGUGUCCUCCAAACCCUGCAGAAAGGUGAGGGAGACUCUGGCUGCUGAGACAGGUCUCAGUGUUCGUGUGGUACAGGUGUGGUUUCAAAACCAGAGAGCCAAGAUGAAGAAGCUGGCAAGAAGACAGCAGCAGCAACAGGAACAACAGAAUUCUCAACGGCUUGGCCAAGAGGUGAUGUCCAAUCGGAUGGAGGGCAUGAUGAACUCCUUCACGCCACUGGCCCCGCCCCAGCAGCAGCUGGUUGCCAUGGAUCAGAACGGCUACAGUACGGACCCCUUCCAGCAGGGCCUCACCCCCCCACAGAUGCCCGGAGACCACAUGAACCCAUAUGGUAAUGACUCAAUUUUCCAUGACAUAGACAGCGACACAUCUUUAACCAGCCUCAGUGACUGCUUCAUGGCAUCUUCGGAAGUGAACAUGCCAGCACGUGUGGGACCCAUUGACCGACUCUAUUCCAUGCAGAACUCUUACUUUGCGUCAUGAAAGAACCACAAACAGAAAUGAUGUUAUGUAAUAUAGCAGAUCAUCCACAGAAUCUGCUUCUCCACUUCCUCAACUGCCUCACAUCAAGGAGUUUCCACGCUGCUAUGGACAAGACAGAAGCAACAACCUCUUCCAGUGACUCCUGGAUCAUUUGCAGACAAUGGACUCAAAGAGAGAGAAACUAGUUUCUCAACCGUGAAGAUUCCCUGGGAUAAUUCUAUUUUCUCCUCCUUUCUAAAGAUUGUUGGUAGCAUAUUUGUAUUGUACUGUCACAGAAGUAGCACACCUUUCUUUGUCCACCUAAAGACAUUUCAUUGAGCCACUGAUUUAAAAAAAAAACUCUUACCAAAUACUACAAGCCUACCAGUUCUCUAAAUGCAUGACUCCAUAGUUAAUCGUAUGACCAUAAAAGUGAAAAACCCUUAAUAAAAAUCAUGUGAAUUGUU